ACUCUGAAGCCAGCCAAGGAGUCCUCGACUAGAGCCAUAACCUAGCGGCCGCGGCCAAAUUGUCCAUAAGUCCCGAUUGGAUCCGGCGCGUCGGUUGCGACUUCGGCGGGCUGCCGCCGCCGCUCCAUCCCCAGCUCUUUAAUGGGUCCGUCGGGGGUGUUCUCCGCUCCGAGCUGAGCGCCGCUGCGGCCAUCAUGCCACAAUGGUGACCAGGCGGCUCGUCCUGCUGCUGAGCGUCUUGCAGGCGGCGCGGGGCUCCCCGGGGCUGGCGUCUGCCGAGGUGCCCCCGAAGGGGCCGGUCUGCGCCAGGGAAGGGCAGGCGUGCGACCCGCGCUGGCGCAGAGAUGCCGGCGGGCGCGGCGGAGUCUACGAGCAUCUCGGCGGAGCUCCUCGGCGCAGGAAGCUCUACUGCGCCACCAAGUAUCACCUCCAGAUCCACGCCAACGGCAAAAUCAACGGCACCUUGGAGAAGAACAGCGUCUUCAGCAUUCUCGAGAUAACUGCAGUGGACGUUGGAGUUGUUGCUAUCAAGGGCUGUUUUUCCGGCAGAUACCUGGCUAUGAACAAAAGAGGCAGACUUUAUGCUUCAGAAACCUACAAUGCUGAAUGUGAGUUUGUGGAAAGGAUCCAUGAGCUGGGCUAUAAUACUUAUGCAUCCCGCAUGUAUCGGACUGUGCCCAAUGGAGCCAGCAGUAAACGCAAAGCUAGUGCUGAGAGACUCUGGUAUGUCUCUAUCAAUGGAAAAGGACGACCCAGGAGGAGCUUCAAAACCCGUCGGACCCAGAAAUCAUCACUCUUUUUGCCUCGGGUGCUGGAUAACAAAGACCAUGAUAUGGUCCGACUCUUCCACACAAAUGCUAAGUACAGAGAGAACCUAUUAAAGCCUCCAAGUAAGAACCAGAGGAGAAGAAGAGGACACUAGGGGAUGCUCUGUGGUGGGGUAAAGGAUGAAGACCGAAGACAAGUCAGUGUUCAUAGUGCUACUAAAUAACAAACAAAUAGGACUGUGUGAUCAAUGUGGACUCAGAAAGUAAUGAUAUACUAUAUAUAUAUUACCGGAUGUCCCACCAAACAUAAUUGCUAGUUGUUUUAGAAUUAUAAUCUAAGCUAAAGACAUAUGAUAUAAUAAACCAGAGCAUGAUCACAUGUAAAUUAGAUUGAUGCAAGGAUUUUCAUUGUUUGUCUUUGACCAUUUCUCAGUUGCUUCGCCAGUCAAGUGUCUCCCUUUCAGUAACCUAGAAUUUCUUAACCCAGUCAUCUCCAUUCCUCAGAGCAAACUUCCAAUCAAGCUAGUUUAAAUAAAUUACCUUUGUGUACCUUUGCUUAUGACAAAACAAUACUUUUGAAGAAAAAUAUUUUUCUUUUCUUCCUUCUUUCCUUCUUUCCUUCUAGAGCAGCCUUCCCCAACCAG